AUGCGCGUCGGCAAUAAGUUCAAGCUACUGGGUCUGGCCUUGACCUGUCGGCAGAUAUACCACGAAUCAAUCCCCCUCGUCUACACCCUCCCAACCCUCGAAUUCAGCAACCCGUGGACCCUGCCCUACCUCCUCCCAACAAUCCCCCCAGAAACCCACGCCCAAAUUCGCAAAGUCGAGCUCCGCUGGUCUUUCCCCGGCCACUGGCUCCCAAGCAAAGACUCCGUGCGCGCGGUAUACGUAUCAGCCGGCCGGGCGCAGUGGACAGAGACGUGUCUGGCCCUCUCGCAGCUGUCGUCUCUGCGCUCGUUCGUGUUAGUGCUAGAGAGUAACUGGUUCUGCGAGCCGGUUGAGAGAUUGGUUGGGUUUUUGGAGCCGUUGAGGGGGAUUGUUGUGAGAUCGGUUGGGCGGAGCUGGAAGCGGGAGGAAAUCGAUGCUGGGGUGGAUGGGAGUGAAUAUCGGGGUCAUGAUUCAGGGUCCGAUGGCUCGACUGGUAGGCUUAGUUUUAGUUCCGAUGAGGAGUCUUGCGGGAGCUUGGGGUCUUCGCUUUCUACUGUUGGGGGUUCUUGUACGAAGUCGAGAUUCGCCGGGGCUCUGUCUCGGUGUGUUGGUAAGUGGGAGCUGAGGCUACAGGGACAGUCGUAUUAUCGAAAUGAAUUGGACUGGGUGGCGGAUGAUCUUCGGCGGAGAGGGAUAGAGUGUUGGAUAUCAGCGGUGUGA